AUGUGCUGUGUGUACACCAUCUCUUGUACAUUCUUCAAGAGACACUUCAAAGGCUCAACCCCAACCUCCCCAACGCCCAGCCCCCCCCCCCAGACGCCCACACCCAAUCUCCCCCUCAAUGCCCAACCUUUAUCCCCCUCCCCCUACCCACCUCCCACCACCCCUAACGCCCACACUAAGUUCCGGCCGAAAAUUACUAUAGCAGAUUUUUAUCCUCGUGAACCAGAUUACUUAAGCUCAAUUACCUGUACUAGGAUUGCUCUCGUGGGUUCAAGGGUUCAGGGGUUCAGAGGUUCAGGGGUUCAGGGGUUCAGGGGUUUAGGGGUUCAGGGGUUUAGAGGUACAGAGGUUUCAUACUUAUAG